AUGGACGCGGAGGCUUCUGGGGGGCCCCUUCGCUCCCCGGAGGAGGGCAGCAGCAGGACUGCGGGGGCCUCUCCGCCUUCGGAGCAGCACAGUGACGGGCUCAGCAGCAGCAGCAGCAGCAGCAACACCAGCAGCAGCAGACACAGCAGCAGCAGCAGCAGACACGGCAGCAGCAGCAGCAGACACAGGUGCAGCAGCCUCGACGGCCGCUACUGGCAGGUCGGCAACGCCAAGGACGCCGACGGCAGGCGCCGCUCCCGCCGCCAGCAGCAGCAGCAGCAGCAGCAGCAGCAGCAGCAGCAGCAGCAGCAGCAGCAGCAGCAGGAGGCUGAGGGCACCACCCACUACGGCAGCUCCGUCUCUGCAUGCAGCCCCGAGGGCCCCAGCACUCCCGACGACGUUUCCGUCAGCAGCAGAAGCAAACGCAACGGCUCCUCGCGGCAGCAGCAGCAGCAGCAGCAGCAGCUGCAGCAGCAGCAGCUGCUGCUGCUGGGCAGGCAGCGGAGCCGCAGCUGCGGCAGGUUCGAACCCAAGGCGUCCGAGUCGGAGCGAGAGCAGCAGCAGCAGCAGCAGCAGAAGCAGCAGCAGCAGCAGCAGAAGCAGCAGCAGGCUGAGGAACCGCGGGGGCUCCAUAGGUCAUGGGCGGUCAGGAACCCACCCAAGAGACUGGGAGAGGAAGUUGCUGCAGCAGCAGCAGCAGCAGCAGCAACAGCAGCAGAGCAGCAGCAUCCGGCAGCAGAUGCAGAAGAGCGAUAUCGUACGCGGAGUGCCCGGCUGCAGCAGCAGCAACAGCAGCAGCAGCAGCAGCAGCAGCAAGGCCCGCAGCGUCAGCUUUCCCUACGUCAGCAGGCGUUGCGGACGCGGCAGCAGCAGCAGCAGCAGCAGCAGCUGCAGCAGCAGCUAGAGCAGCAGGAAGAAGAGGAGCAGCAGCAGCAGGAGCAGCAGCAGCCGCAGGAGGACGAAGGCGAGGGCGACGAUGAGGAGCAAGCAGCAGCAGCAGCAGCAGCAGCAGCAGCAGGAACUCGGUACAGCUUGAGGGCCAAGAGAAGCAGAAGAGAAAUCUUUCAUGCAGAUCUUCUGGCCAAGAAAAGCUACAAACCCUUGUCUGCUGCUGCUGCUGCUGCUGCUGCUGCUGCUGGGCGGAGACCCAGAGACGGCAGCACGGGCGAGGGGCUGCUGCUGGACGGCGAGGACAGCGCAGCAGAAGGAACUGACACAGCAGCAGCAGCAGCAGCAGCAGCAGCAGCAGCAGCAGCAGCAGGGGAGGACGUGAAGGUGUGCAGCGAGUCGGAAGACGACUUGCUGCUGUCGGACGGGGAAACUGCGGCUGCGGCGGAGGCUGCAGCAGCAGCAGCAGCAGCAGCAGCAGCAGCAGCAGCAGGAGCAGCAGCAAGCAGCAGCCAGUGGAGACGCCGCGGGGGCCCCGGGAGGCCCCGGCUGCACCCCCUAGGCCUCCGCGGCAGCAGCAGCAGCAGCUAUUCAGUUCCUGUAACUUCUGCGCUGCAGGACUUUCGACAAAAGAUCUACAAAGACCCCAAAGUCGUCGAGUUUGCUGCUCCCUUCAUGUCCGCUGCUGCUGCUGCUGCUGCUGCUGCUGCUGCUGCUGCUGCUGCUGUGUCUGUUGCUGGAUGCUGCUGCUGCUGCUGCUGCUGCUGCUGCUGCUGCUGCUGCUGCUGCUGCGGCUGUGGCUGGCUGCUGCGGCGCGUGCUCGUGCUGUGGCUGCUGCUGUUUUUGCUGCUGUUGCUGCUGCUGCUGCUGCUGCGGCUGUGGCUGGCUGCUGCGGCGCGUGCUCGUGCUGCGGCUGCUGCUGUUUUUGCUGCUGUUGCUGCUGCUGCUGCUGCUGCUGCUGCUGGUGAACAGCUGGGCUAG